AUGGCGUCCAUAAUCCAAACUCUAAUAUCUUCCCGCCUAUUCACAUCCCGACACCCUUCUCCUUCUACAUUCCCUCUUUACAAUCCACCAUUGCCUUCCAACUCCAAGCUUUGCGAGGAUACCCUCGCCGUCGGCAACGCAACCGACACAGCCGAUAGUGUACCGGAGCCGGCAGACCCUUUGAUUCAGUACGUUGUUCUGCGGAGAGACCUUAUUGACACGUGGCCGUUAGGGAGUAUAGUUUCACAGGGCUGCCAUGCCUCCGUCGCCGCCAUUAGUACCUUUAAAGAUGAUCCCUUUACUCUCGAUUAUUGUAGCCCCAACAAUCUCAACUUCAUGCGCAAGGUUACAGUUGAAGUUAAGGGUGAAGCCCAGAUGUUGAAUUUGUCUGAGAAAUUGAAGUCUAAUGGCAUUGAUCAUAAGCUCUGGAUUGAACAGCCUGAGAACUUUCCUACUUGUAUUGCUACAAAACCGUAUCCCAAGUCCAUUGUUUCGUCAUUUUUCAAAAAGCUGAAGCUGUGCAAGUGA